UCAUGCAAACACGUCUUUGAUAGAGAUAAGAUUUCAUUCCAUUGAUGAAUAUUAGAAGAAAAGAUUUUCAAAUAUUUCUAUUUUAUUUCAAGGAAACAAAAAAAACUAUAAACUUAUUUCUUUGAAUAUUCAUUUCAGUUAUUUUUUUUUUGUUCGAUUUGAAAGAGAUUUUUUCAACAUUUAAUAAAAUGAACAUGUACUAAAAUAUCUCAUUUAUUUAUAUUUCAUCUCAAAUCAAAUUUAUUCAUCUUAAAACAAACAAAUACCAUUUUUUCUUUUGUUCAUCUUCCUUCAUUUAAAUUUAUUUGAGUCGAAAAACUUUCCAACAAAACAAAAAGCUUAGUUCUAUAGUUAUUUGGGUUUGUUUUCCUUAUUCUAAUUCAUUCACUAAUCAGAUAAAUUUUUUCCAUCUAAUGUAAGAUAGCAACGAGAUGUCAUCGUUUGCCUGAUAUGUAAUUACUGUUUGUUCUAACAAAGAAUAGGGAUGAAAAAAUAGCAGUCACUCGCUUAACCGAUUCACAUUAGUCACUUUUUUCGUUCUGUCACUGAUAUACGUUACUUAUUGGAGAGAAUUAUAUAUUCGUUCAUCUUGAGAUGCAAUAGAACGAAAGAAAAGAAAUAUACGAAUUUUUGGUUCUAUGGAAAACGUCCAUCGGUGGCAGAACGAAAAAAGUGACUAAUAUGAGUGAAUGAAUGACUGCUAUUUCUUCCAUUCUUAUCGAAUAGUUAGUCAGCUUUAGUGUAUUCAUUAGUCAGAAACGAUGGAGAGAGAAAAAAAUUCAUGUGUGUUUGUUCAUCUAAUAGAGGUUUCACUGUAAAUAUUUUAUUUCAAUAAAAUUGUUUGAAAUCGAAAAACUCUUUCAUCUUGAUCAAAACUAUUUAAUUUCAAACAAUCCGAAUCAAAAAAAUUUUCUUUUUGUUUGGUGAAAAAAAUAUUUAAAAAAAAACAACUUUUCCAUAUUUUUAAGAGACAUUUUCUGUUAAUUUAAUAUGAAGAAGAUAUUUGAACAAAUAGAACGAAAGAAAAUCAUUUGAAGUUCAGAGAGAUUUCAUCUAGAUUUCUUUUCAUUUCAAUUCGUUUAUCUUGUUUUUCUAGUAUCAGUUCCUUUCCUUGUUGAUGAUAAGAAUACCGAAUGGAAACAAAAUGCAAUCACCAUUGCUGGAGGAAAGGGAGAAAGUGCUCAAUUCAAUCAACUCUCGCGUCCUCAUGGUAUCUAUGUUGAUGAUGAUAAUCAAAGGAUUUAUAUUGCUGACACGUUGAAUCAUCGUGUUGUUGAAUGGAAAUAUGGCGCCGAAAAUGGUCAAGUGGUUGCUGGUGGAAAUGGAGAAGGAAAUCGAAUGAAUCAAUUGAGCAGACCAUCAACUGUAAUUGUUGAUAAAAGGAAUGACUCUCUCAUAAUUUGUGAUCGAGAUAACAGACGAGUAGUACGAUGGUCUCGUCAAAAUGGUACAACUGGGCAAACAAUCAUUUCUAACAUUGAUUGUUCGCGUCUCACAAUGGAUAAUAAUGGAGAUCUUUAUGUUUCUGAUUGGAAGAAGGAUGAAGUAAGACAAUGGAAAAUAGGAGAUACAAAUGGAACAAUCGUAGCUGGUGGAAAUGGAAAAGGAAAUCAUCUGGAUCAACUCUAUUCUCCUCGUCAUAUCUUUGUCGAUGAAGAUCAUUCAGUUUAUGUGUCAGAUUAUAACAAUCAUCGUGUAAUGAAAUGGGUGAAAGGUGCAAAAGAAGGGAUCGUUGUUGCUGGUGGACAAGAUCAAGGGAAUAGUUUGGCACAAUUGUCUCGUCCCGAGGGAGUGAUUGUUGAUCAAUUGGGUCAUGUUUAUGUGGCUGACUUUGAGAAUCAUCGAAUCAUGCGUUGGCCAAAAGGAUCUAAAGAAGGUUCUAUUGUUGUUGGUGGAAAUGGAAAAGGAGAACAAGCAAAUCAGUUCAAUUGUCCCAAUGGUUUAUCAUUCGAUCAACAAGGUAAUCUCUAUGUCGUCGAUCAAGGCAAUCAUCGAGUACAAAAAUUCAAUAUUAAUUUAAAUUGA